AUGCGUGAGGGAUACGCGAAGGCAUGCCCCGACGCCCCGUCCAGAGGCCUGCAGACCUCCACGUGUUCAGAGACGGACUUAUAUGUCCACGUGAUAGAUUCCGCAUAUUUUUGCUCCGAGAACAGUAUUUGUCAAGCACGCAAAGUUUGCUCGUACAAAUAUAGACGCGUGUUGGGCGCGCUGCCGUCGAAGGGCGUGGAGCUACUCAACGCCGCGGAGCGCACCUUCCUGGCGGGGCCGGCGGAGGGGCGGUGGAUGUCGGCGGACACCGUGGCGGCGGCGGUGGCGCUGGCGCCCGCGCUCGCCACGCGCGUCUCGCCCCCGCUGCACGUGGAUUACACCAACGUCACGGGCCUAGCGCCCAACGCCCGCAUCGUGCAGGAUGCAGACGUGGCCGGCUUUCAACAGAUGCUGCUGGACAACCUUGCGUAGCCGCGCUGCUCAGCGUCCGCCAGACCUUAAUCGGCAAUCUGCAGGGCAAGCCGUACAUUCGGCAGUAACAGAUUGGCAAGCCCUGGAUAAUUAAAUACUACCUGCACAAUCUUUGCGCGAAUCACAUCCCGAAUUUGUUUGGUCUGGGAUCCCCAUCUUACUUGUUUACUACUGACAGUCCGUUGAGGAAACGCUUGGGGUCACGUAAAAGAAUGUCAUAUUAUGGUUAAUUAAAUACCUGCACAAUCCUCAUCCUAAUCAGACCCCGUACAGCCUCAACCAGAGGACAACUUAAAAGUAAGCUACUUUAAGAAGGAAAAUAUUUCUUUUUUCCUUAUCAUUCUUCUCUUUCUGUCUCGGUGUCUCUCCUGAUUCUUCCUAGUAAAUCGAUGCUAAGACGGUUACAAUCGGACACCCACUCCAUACGAUCCCAAGCAUCUUUGCUCAUCUUUUCGGCUGCUGCUCGGUAACCUCGCAUUCUCAGUACAUCUUUUGUGCAUAUUCACAUCACCGCUCACGCCCACUGAGCGACACAUGUUCAAAGUGUAGCAUUUACCAACGCAUUUUGCUCGUAAGUUGAUGUCAUGUGUGAUCUCAAAAAUUUAGUUCCAUUCUGUUUAUCAAAGACAGUUACAAUAGAAAUCACAACUUUCGUUCUAGAGAGCAGACUAUGUCUUUGUUUCACCUGGGUAUGUACUUUAAAUUGUUAUCAUUGGUUUGUUUUAUGUUAACUUGUGAUGAUAAAAUAAAAGUUCAAAUAUUUUAGAAUUCCAAACAUAUUUUUACAAAUUACCAACCUUUAAUUCAAAAUUUCAAUGCAUAAGAAAAUUCAUUAAACGUCAAAACCAUACUGACACUGCUUAUUUUCUUGGUAUUUGUCUCGAAAAAGGAUCUUAUCGUUGCAAAAGAUAACUCCGUUUUUGUUAAAAUUAAUUUGCUGAACAAUUGUCCUUCCAUCACGUCCGAAAUCAAUUUUUCAAAAAUAUACGUAGGAGAUAUAAUAAUGGUAACAUUUCAGAGUUAUUCUAGCAGUAAUUAACAGUUCAAAUAGAAACAAAUAUUUGCCAUGCAAUGUAGUUAACACACCUGAACAUUUUUAAUACUUGGAAUAAUAGAAAUAUCUGUUCCCGAAAUAUUUCAUUGUUAAAUGUACCAUUGGGAAAUGCUGUCUACACACAUGACUCAUUUUUAAUAUUACUAGUCUGCACUUGCUGACUUUCUAAAACAAUUAGAAGAGUAGAAAAGCGUUUUACAAAAAGGAUUUACUCAGCAAAAAUGUUCUCAACAAAAGAGUCGCAAAUUGAAGGAGG